UCUUUGUUUCCAGCUAAGCAAAAAUGACAUCAUUGACGUUGCUUUAUGUGGCAUCAGUACUGGCUAUUUUUUUCCCACCAUGUCACGGGCAGGAGGGGAAAUGUUCAGGGGCUCCAGGAAUCCCAGGGACCCCAGGGGCUAAUGGGAUACCUGGAAGAGAUGGACGGGAUGGCAUGAAAGGGGAUCCAGGACCACCAGGCCCCAUGGGACCCCCCAAUGGUUUGCCAGGUGCUCCUGGAAGAGAUGGGCUUCCAGGAUCAAGAGGGCUGAAAGGUGAAACAGGAGAGAAAGGAGACCAUGGACCCCCUGGGCCAGAAGGCCGUGCAGCUUUUCUCGAUCCAGACAUGCAGAAAGUGCUCAGAAAUCUGGGAGACAGGAUCCUAAGACUUGAAGGAGUUCUAGCCUUGAGGGGACUGAUAAAUAAGGUGGAGGACAAAAUAUUUACUACCAAUGGGAAGACAGUUGGCUUUGAUGCAAUAAUCCAAGCAUGUCAACUUUCAGGGGGUUCCAUUGCAAAACCCAUGAAUGAAAAGGAGAAUGAAGCUAUUUUGCAAAUUGUGAAAGAACAAAAUCAAUACACCUACUUGGGAAUUAAGGAGAGUUCAGUUCCAGGAGCCUUCGAAUAUUUCAAUGAAACUCCUGUGAAUUAUACCAACUGGCGUCGAUAUGAGCCAAAUGGAAAAGGGUCAGAAAAUUGUGUUGAGAUGCAAACUGAUGGAAGUUGGAAUGACAAAAAAUGCAACCAGUAUCGUCUCAUUAUUUGUGAAUUUUAAAAUUUCCUGUUUUAACAUCUAAACCAAAGAAAUUGUCAUGGCUUCUGGGAACUGUAGUCUUCUGAAUAUAUUUGUUGUAAAGUCUUCAUCAGCCUUCAGUCUUCUACAGUUCCCAAUAUUCUGAAGCAUGAGAGUUAAAUCAGUAACAAAUGUGAGGAUAGGGUUUUGAUGAUGAUGUGGUAGGUACAAUCAAGCAUUUCCAAUUUCUGAAUAAUUAAAAGAAAUUAAAAUAUUGAU